AGAAAGAAGACAAGAGAUGGAAGAAUUUGGCUCGCGAUCCCAAGAGACCACAAGACAGCCAUUACCAUCUGAAUAUGCAUAAGUCAAGCAGCUCCACAUCAUCCACGAAGAGCAUCAGAAGAGCCGCGUCUGAACUCGAGCGCUCCGACUCCAUCACGUCCCAGAAGUUUGUGGGAAGGCGGCAGAGUUUGAUCGAGGAUGCGCGUAAGGAGCGCGAGGCUGCAGCGGCGGCUGCGGAGGCGGCGGGAUUGAGCGAGCAGAUCGUGUUUGAGGAGAGCGAUGGCAAAGCUUUGCUCAGUCUCUUCUUUACUCUGAGGAGUUCAAACAGUCAAGCGCUUUCACGGACUCUUAAGGUUUUUGAGACCUUUGAAGCCAAGAUCCACCAUCUUGAGACCAGACCCAGUCGAAAACCUAAAGACGGUUUGGAAGAGUUGGAAUAUUACGUUCAAUGUGAAGUGCAUCUGUCAGAUGUCAAUACGCUGGUCAGCUCCUUAAAGAGAAGUGCAGAGGACGUCAAAACCACCAGAGAGGUGAAAUUUCAUUGGUUUCCAAGAAAAAUAGCUGAACUGGAUAAAUGCCAUCACCUUGUCACCAAAUAUGACCCUGAUUUGGAUCAGGAUCAUCCGGGUUUUACUGACCCUGUUUACAGAAAACGACGGAAGAUGAUUGGAGACAUUGCCUUUAAAUACAAACAAGGAGAGCCCAUUCCUAGAGUCGAGUAUACUGAAGAGGAAAUUGGAACGUGGCGUGAGGUUUACUCCACCCUCAGAGAUCUGUACACGACCCACGCCUGUAGUGAACAUUUAGAGGCGUUUCAUUUACUAGAGAAACACUGUGGCUACAGCCCCGAUAACAUCCCUCAGCUUGAGGAUGUGUCCCGCUUCCUGAAAGAGCGUACUGGAUUUCAGUUGAGACCAGUAGCCGGUCUCCUGUCUGCACGAGACUUUCUGGCCAGUCUGGCCUUCCGUGUGUUUCAGUGUACACAGUACAUACGACACGCCUCCUCACCCAUGCACUCCCCUGAACCGGACUGUGUCCAUGAACUACUUGGUCAUGUACCGAUAUUGGCUGAUAGAACAUUCGCACAGUUUUCCCAGAGUAUCGGUCUUGCAUCACUUGGAGCCUCUGAUGAAGACAUUGAGAAACUGUCAACACUAUACUGGUUUACGGUGGAGUUUGGACUGUGUAAGCAGGGAGGAACGCUCAAAGCGUACGGUGCCGGGUUGCUCUCUUCUUACGGAGAGCUGGUGCAUUCCCUCUCCGAUGAGCCAGAGAGAAGAGAGUUCGAUCCGGAAGCUGUAGCUGUGCAGCCGUACCAAGACCAAACUUACCAACCCGUCUAUUUCGUGUCUGAGAGCUUCGCCGAUGCCACAGAUAAACUGAGAGAGUAUGUGACCCGCAUCAAGAGGCCAUUUUAUGUUCGGUUUGACCCGUACACAAACAGCAUAGAGGUGCUGGACAACCCGCUGAAGGUCAAGCUGGGUCUGCAGUCCAUCACAGAAGACCUGAAGACUCUCACAGAUGCUCUGAAUGUGUUGGCUUAAUUCACAAGCCAUGUGUCCUGUUUCUCUGUGCCACAUACUGUAUGUGUCUCAUCGUAAUGCUGUGCAUCUGUGUUUACAUCUGCUGCUACAGAAGUCGUUGCUUUAAAAAAAAAAUGCAGAGCACCAACCUCAAAACCUCAUGGAUUGUGACUGCAAAUGCUUUAAUAGAUCAUUCUCUGAGUCGAGAGACAUUGUUAUGUUAAUAUCUAUGACUUUUUUAUUUUUUAAGACCAUAUGCGGUGUAAAUCAAUUCAAAUAGUAAAGCCAAAAGUUAUUUAUGAAAUAAUGCCGGAAGUAGUAUUUAAAUUAUAUGUAUAAAAAAAUCAACAAAUAUGUAUAAUAAAUGCACAUUCUGAAUGUAUUCCUCAAAGAGUCGGUGCAGUGAUAUAAUAAAAAUAUAAGUAAUA